AGACGCGGGGAAGAAGGAUCUAUACUAACGCCCCCCCGCAGUCCGGCCCACCGCCCAGCACCUCCGUCUCUGUAAUUAUACGGCCCGAGGAGUCGAGGCGGCGACCGAACUCCCCAGGAGACGUGGGGCAGCGGCUGUGACCGCAGCUUGGAGGCUACUACAACAGGUCGCCUUUUUGAGACUCCUUUGGCGGGAAGGGCCACUUGGAAAAGGGAAGGUUUGAAAUAGCUGAAAGGGAGGGUGGAAGGGUUCCCUGAUUCUUCAACAGAAUACCACUCAGUGACUGUCCUUGUCUCUAUUCUACACAACACAUACUGACCCCACGUUAUCCAGACUGCGUCGGGGAAGAAAUCAGAGACACCUGUUUGAAAUCAACUGCAGCAUCUAAAGUCACCUGUGUACUUAUUUGUGCCAGGGCUGGCCCAGUGCAACUGCUGGAAAGGUUUGGUUAGGUUCUGUUGGGCGUGAUUGUUAGGACAUUGUAUUUCCCACUUACUGUUACUCCAAAAAUAUUACCUCUUUGAGGGAACUUGCCCUUCUGCGAACUGUGACUUCCAUCAGGAGCCCUCCCUUGAAUAAGGCUAAUACGUCUGGACCACGUGUCUCAGUAGUGUUUUCUUUGACGGGCGGAAGUGGGUGACUGUGGCUACAUUGAGGGACCCACUGUAGAGACUUGAUUGCCCUUCCAGCCUGUGCUUGAAGGAACCAUGGCGGCAGGGGUAGCAGCGUGGCUGCCCUUUGCAAGGGCAGCUGCCAUCGGGUGGAUGCCUGUGGCCUCGGGGCCCAUGCCAGCUCCCCCGAGGCAGGAGAGGAAAAGGACUCAAGAUGCUCUCAUUGUGCUAAACGUGAGUGGCACUCGUUUCCAGACAUGGCAGGACACCCUGGAACGUUACCCAGAUACUCUGCUGGGUAGUUCAGAGAGGGACUUUUUCUACCAUCCGGAGACUCAGCAGUAUUUUUUUGACCGUGACCCAGACAUCUUUCGCCACAUCCUGAAUUUCUACCGCACUGGAAAGCUCCACUAUCCUCGCCAUGAGUGCAUCUCCGCUUAUGAUGAAGAAUUGGCCUUCUUUGGCCUCAUCCCAGAAAUUAUUGGCGACUGCUGUUACGAGGAGUACAAGGAUCGCCGGCGAGAGAACGCCGAGCGUCUCCAGGAUGAUGCUGACACGGACAACACCGGGGAGAGUGCGCUGCCCACCAUGACCGCUCGGCAGAGGGUCUGGCGGGCCUUUGAGAACCCCCACACCAGCACCAUGGCCCUGGUGUUCUACUAUGUUACCGGGUUCUUCAUUGCCGUCUCAGUCAUCGCUAAUGUAGUAGAAACAGUGCCAUGUGGGUCCAGCCCGGGUCACAUUAAAGAACUGCCCUGUGGGGAGCGGUACGCCGUGGCCUUCUUUUGCUUGGAUACAGCCUGUGUCAUGAUCUUCACAGUGGAGUACUUGCUUCGCCUGGCGGCAGCUCCUAGCCGUUACCGCUUUGUGCGUAGCGUCAUGAGUAUCAUCGACGUGGUGGCCAUCCUACCGUAUUACAUUGGGCUGGUGAUGACAGACAAUGAGGAUGUCAGUGGAGCCUUUGUCACACUCCGCGUCUUCCGGGUCUUCCGGAUCUUUAAGUUUUCCCGCCACUCGCAAGGCCUGCGCAUUCUGGGGUACACCCUGAAAAGUUGUGCCUCAGAGUUGGGCUUCUUGCUCUUCUCGCUCACCAUGGCUAUCAUCAUCUUCGCUACAGUUAUGUUCUACGCUGAGAAGGGGUCUUCGGCCAGCAAGUUCACCAGCAUCCCUGCUGCUUUCUGGUACACCAUCGUCACCAUGACAACGCUAGGGUAUGGUGACAUGGUACCGAAAACCAUAGCAGGGAAGAUUUUUGGUUCCAUCUGUUCACUGAGUGGAGUCUUGGUCAUCGCUCUACCCGUCCCAGUGAUUGUAUCCAACUUCAGUCGGAUCUACCACCAGAAUCAACGAGCAGACAAACGAAGAGCGCAAAAGAAAGCUAGACUGGCCAGGAUCCGGGCAGCCAAAAGCGGAAGUGCAAAUGCUUACAUGCAGAGCAAACGGAACGGCUUACUCAGUAACCAACUGCAGUCCUCUGAGGAUGAGCAGGCCUUUGUUAGCAAAUCUGGCUCCAGCUUUGAAACCCAGCACCACCACCUGCUUCACUGCCUAGAAAAAACCACGAAUCACGAAUUUGUGGAUGAACAAGUCUUUGAAGAAAGCUGCAUGGAAGUUGCAACAGUUAAUCGUCCUUCAAGUCACAGUCCCUCUCUUUCUUCACAACAAGGAAUCACCAGCACUUGCUGUUCAAGACGACACAAAAAAACCUUCCGCAUUCCAAAUGCCAACGUAUCGGGAAGCCACCGAGGGAGCGUGCAAGAACUCAGCACGAUUCAGAUUAGAUGUGUGGAGAGAACCCCACUAUCUAACAGCCGAUCCAGUUUAAAUGCCAAAAUGGAAGAGUGUGUUAAACUGAACUGUGAACAACCUUAUGUGACUACAGCAAUAAUAAGCAUCCCAACACCUCCAGUCACCACCCCCGAAGGAGAUGACAGGCCAGAGUCUCCUGAGUACUCAGGAGGCAAUAUCGUCAGAGUGUCUGCUCUGUAAGACAAUUGGAAUCAGGUUCAAGAGAAUUUGAGCACUGGCUGU